AUGAAAUCGGAAAAACGGGUCGAAUGUCCCAAAGAAGGGCCCGUCUACGCAGCUACACGAGGUGGAAAUGUCGAAGAUUUACGAGAUAUGGCUCGUAUGGGUAAAAGCCAGGAGUUACAGCGAAAUUUCAAAUUGGUCACCAUGUUUGGCUUCUCUGCCAUUCUCAUGUGCUCGUGGGAGUCCCUCUUGAGCAGCUUGAGCAUCGUCUUGACGAACGGUGGAACCGCUGGCCUGAUUUGGACUUGGGCGAUUGUGUGGUUGGGUUUUACGGCUGUAUACCUUUCCAUGGCAGAGAUGGGUUCGAUGGCUCCUACUACGGGAGGCCAAUAUCACUGGGUGAGUGAAUUCAGCCCGAGAAACUAUCAGCAGAUUCUGAGUUAUGUUGUGGGCUGGCUCGGAGUCCUCGGCUGGCAAGCCCUUCAAGCAUCCAUCGGAUUCCAAGCCGGCACCAUCAUGCAAGGCCUCCUAGUUCUCAACUAUCCAGACACAUACGUCUUCGAGCGCUGGCACGGAACACUCCUCGUAAUCGCAGUUCUCAUCUUCGGGGCAUUGUUCAACAUUUUCCUCGCGACGAGACUACAUUUAGUCGAAGGCUCGAUUCUGAUUGUUCAUGUCUACGGCUUCUUCUGUGUGUUGGUUCCUCUCUGGAUUCUUUCACCGCGAUCGACUUCGGAAUUCGCUUGGACGGCGUUUAAAGAUCCUGGAUGGGGAAAUGCGGGUUUAUCGGCUUUGAUUGGGAUGCAAGCUUGUGUUGUGCCGUUGCUGGGGGCGGAUGCUUCUGUGCAUAUGAGUGAGGAGCUUAAGGAUGCUUCUUAUACUCUUCCGCGCUCUAUGAUGUGGGCGACGUUUGUUAAUGGAGCUAUGGGGAUGAUUACUGCUAUUACGGUCGCUUAUUGUAUUGGCGAUCUUACUGAAGUGCUCUCCUCACCUACUGGUUUUCCGUUCAUCCAGAUGUUCUACAACGCGACCCGUUCUUUGGCAGCCACCAAUGCCAUGUCCGGAAUCAUCAUCUUCAUGGACGCAUUUAGUGCUGUCACAAUCAUGGCCUCGGCGUCACGUCAGAUGUAUGCAUUCGCGCGUGAUCAAGGCACGCCAUACUCGGACUGGUUAUCUCGCGUUGAUCCAAAACUGGAUGUGCCGAGAAAUGCAGUGGUGGCAUCGACCGUGAUUUCCUGUCUACUCUCAUUGAUCAACGUGGGAAGUACCGUUGCAUUCAACAGUUUAGUAUCUCUCACGAACGGAGUACUGAUGGUAUCCUACUCCAUUUGCAUUGGAUGUUUUGUGUGGAGGAGAAUCUCCAACAAGCCUUUGCUUCCUUCACGCUUCAAUUUGGGGAAAUGGGGAUUACCGAUCAAUUUGUUUUCUCUCGCUUUUCUCGCGGUGGUGUUUGUGAUGGCAUUUUUCCCACCGGCACCAUUUCCUUCGCUACAGACGAUGAACUGGUCUUCGUUAGUCUUCACCACUGUCGCUAUCUGGGGCAUCGUGUUCUAUUUCGUCUGGGCGCGUUUCAGAUAUGUCGGGCCUGUUGAAUAUGUAAGAAAAUUGGACUAG